AUGUUCACGGAAACCCUGAAUACGAUGCAGUAUAAUAUCACCAGGGUGGUCUCGGAGACGAUGCCCACAGCCACUGUGCCUCUCUUGCUAGUCAUGGGCUUCAUUCUGUUAAUGUUGACUUACGAAGAAACCUCAUCGAUCCCAGGGCCUGGCUAUUGUAUGGGAAUUGGGCCCCUUAUUUCUCAUGGGAGAUUCCUAUGGAUGGGAGUGGGCAGUGCCUGCAAUUACUACAACAAGAUGUAUGGUGAAUUCAUGAGAGUCUGGAUCAAUGGAGAAGAGACCCUCAUUAUUAGCAAAUCUUCAAGUAUGUUCCACGUCAUGAAACACGGGCACUACAUCUCUAGGUUUGGAAGCAAACUUGGCUUGAAGUGCAUUGGCAUGCAUGAAAACGGCAUCAUAUUUAACAAUAACCCAGUUCUCUGGAAAGAAAUCCGACCCUUCUUUACUAAAGCCCUGUCAGGCCCGGGUCUUGCACGGAUGAUCGCCAUUUGCGUCAAGUCAACGAACGAACACCUGAAUCGGCUCGAUGAAGCCACCGCCAAGUUCAGGUACAUCAACAGCCUGAAUCUUAUGAGGUGUAUCAUGCUGGACACGUCCAACAAACUUUUCCUUGGGAUUCCUCUUGACGAAAAUGUCGUCGUGCUUAAAAUCCAAAGCUACUUCAAUGCUUGGCAGGCGCUUCUGCUGAAACCAGACAUCUUCUUUAAGAUUUCCUGGCUGUACAAGAAAUACGAGUCAUCCGCGAAGGAUUUGAAAGAAGUGAUAGAAAUCUUAAUAGAGCAGAAACGACAGAAUCUUUCCAGAGUUGACAAACUGGAGGAGCACAUGGAUUUUGCUUCGCAGCUGAUUUUUGCACAGAGCCGUGGGGAACUAACUGGUGAGAAUGUAAACCAGUGUGUUUUGGAGAUGCUAAUAGCUGCUCCUGAUACUCUCUCAGUGACUCUGUUCUUCAUGCUGGUGUUGAUUGCAGAACACCCUCAAGUGGAAAAGGCAAUGAUGAAGGAAAUACAGACUGUGAUGGGUGAUAGAGACGUCCAAAGCGGUGACAUGCCAAAACUCAAAGUGGUUGAGAAUUUUAUUCUUGAGAGCAUGAGAUACCAGCCUGUUGUGGAUUUGGUCAUGCGUAAAGCCUUGCAAGAUGACAUCAUUGAUGGCUAUCCUGUGAAGAAAGGGACCAACAUCAUUCUCAACAUCGGGCGCAUGCAUAAGCUUGAGUUCUUCCCUAAACCAAAUGAAUUCUCACUUGACAAUUUUGAGAAGAGUGUCCCCCAUCGAUACUUUCAACCUUUUGGAUUUGGACCCCGUGGCUGCGUUGGGAAGUUUAUUGCCAUGGUCAUGAUGAAAUCAAUCCUGGUGACUCUUCUGAGGAGGUGCAGCAUCCAGACACUAAAAGGCGAAGGUCUUAACAACAUUAAAAAAAACAAUGAUUUGUCUUUGCAUCCAAAUGAAAGGCAGCCACUGCUGGAGAUGCGUUUCACGCCAAGAAAUAAUAUGGAGAAGAGUUAUCAUGAUGAAUAA